UUUGACCUUAGACCAACAAUCCAUAUAGGGUGUCGAGAAGGAACACACGGCGCUCAAGAACCGAUACUCCGAUAGCCGUCAGACUGCGAGAGAUAGCAAACCACCAUGGCGUCUUCUCUAUCGCCACCGGAGGUUCGCAUGGAACUUCACUCAGUGAACCGCGAGAAGCUCCUCAAUUCUCUACGAGCCAAUCUCUCUUCUUUCUCUCGUCCCUCUCAAGGCUUCGUGUUCUUGCAGGGAGGCGAGGAUCAAAGUAGAUACUGCACUGAUCACGAUGAACUAUUUAGGCAGGAGAGCUAUUUUGCGUACCUGUUUGGAGUAAAAGAGCCUGGGUUCUAUGGAGCUAUUGAUGUAGCAAGUGGGGAGUCAAUGCUAUUUGCUCCCAGAUUACCAGAUUCUUAUGCAGUUUGGCUGGGAGAAAUAAAGCCUGUAUCCUAUUUCAAGGAAAUAUAUAGGGUUAACAAGGUCCUUUAUACAGAUGAGAUUGUCCAUGUUUUGUUUGAUCUCUAUAAAGGAAAGGGCGAUCCCUUGUUGUUCCUUCUACAUGGGCUCAACACCGACAGUGAAAAGUUCUCCAAACCCGCAGAAUUCCAGGGCAUUGAGAGCUUUGAGAGAGAUUUAGAUACAUUACAUCCUAUUUUGGCUGAAUGUCGUGUUAUAAAGUCUACUUUGGAGCUUGCUCUCAUCCAAUUUGCCAAUGAUAUAAGCUCAGAAGCUCAUGUUGAGGUUAUGCGAAGUAUAAAAGUGGGUAUGAAAGAAUACCAGUUAGAGAGCAUGUUUCUUCAUCAUACCUAUUUUUUUGGUGGAUGUAGGCAUUGUUCGUACACAUGUAUAUGUGCUACAGGUGAAAAUGGUUCUGUUCUCCAUUAUGGUCAUGCGGCAGCUCCAAAUGACAAGAUAUUGCAAGAUGGAGAUAUGGCACUGCUUGACAUGGGAGCUGAGUACAAUUUUUAUGCUUCAGAUAUAACUUGUUCCUUUCCUGUGAAUGGAAAAUUUACUUCUGAUCAGUCUCUCAUAUAUAAUGCUGUUCUUGAUGCUCAUGACGCUGUUAUAUCUAAUCUGAGACCUGGAGUUUGCUGGGUUGAUAUGCACAAAUUAGCAGAAAAAGUAAUAUUAGAGUCAUUGAAAAAAGGGAACCUAUUAACAGGUGAUGUUGAGACAAUGAUGAAUGAGAGAUUAGGGGCUGUGUUCAUGCCUCAUGGUCUGGGUCACUUCCUUGGUAUUGAUACUCACGAUGUUGGAGGCUUCAAGAAGGGAGAGGAGAGACCAAAAGAACCAGGGUUGAGUGCUCUACGUACAUGCAGGGAACUCUCGGAAGGAAUGGUGUUGCAUUCGUUCACUUACUAUAGACUUCAGAUCUCCCUCCUGUUUUUCUGUUCCGUAAAGAGCUAAUCACAGUGAUAACAGUGGAACCGGGAUGUUACUUCAUUAACGCGUUACUACUUCCUGCAAUGGAAACUUCAAAAACAUCCAUUUUUUUCAAUCAUGAGGAGAUCCGCAGAUUCAGAUGUUCCGGUGGUGUUAGAAUUGAGAGUGAUGUUCGGAUGACCUCAGAUGGCUGCAUAAACAUGACUAAAUGCCCUCGAAAGAUUGAAGACAUUGAAGCUGUGAUGGCAGGUGCUCCGUGGGCCAUCAAUAAACCAGUAUGAGUUAUUCACUUCAUUUAGGAAGUUUCUGACUGGCCUGGUGGCUGGCUAAGUUUGUUUUAAAGAUUUGAAAUGGCAAGCUCAGCUCUCUGCUACAUUUAGAGUCCAACUAUAACUUGUACCAAUACAAUCGCCAACUGAUUAAAGGUCCUUGAUUUCUGGCUAACUCAGGCCAUUUUUAACCAUAUAGUGCGUGUUUGAUACUCUUCGCAUCCAGAAAAUUUAUGGUUAGGACCAUUAUCUUCAAAUAUAUGGAGUUUAAUUAGUAGUUUACGCCGUAUAUGUAGUUUAUUUUCUACUUUUAAUGCUAUAAAUCACAAUACUCAUUAAGAUUUAUUACUAGAAUACACUUAACAGUAAAUAUAUGUGAGCAUGAUGAAAUGAAAUUUUGUACAUGAAAUUCUGCAACC